AUGAGCCAUUCUUUCGCCGAUCAUGAUGCUCCUUUGAGCAUGCUUUCUGUUAAAACAGAAUAUUUUCCUCAAUUGACUGAGAAGGAACAAAAAUAUGCGCAUUUCAUGUCAAAGGCCUCCCAUGCAGGUUCAAGGGUUGUAAUGAGACAAGUUUCUCAUGAAAGUGAGCCAAUUUUUGACCUGAUCCUUGCUAUUCAUGCAAAGCUAAAUGGCAAGUAUCCAGAGGACGGUACUACUGAAAAGCAGCAAACGGAUUUGUACUUAGAAUACGUUUCUCAAUUCUUAUCCAAUUUGGGUAAUUUCAAAUCCUUUGGUGACACUAAAUUCAUUCCUCGCUGUGAAGUAGAAUUUUUCAAACAGCUUUUGGACCUGGCCAAGAUUGACCCAUGUUCUUCGCCGCUCACCUUAUCCCCCGCUGACGUUAAUCAUGAAUUCACAUCUCAUCAUCUUUUUUCCACUAUCAAUGAGUUAAUUGAUAUUGGUAUCUACCGUGUGGAAGAGAAGGCAGCUCUCUUAGGGUUUCCCUCUCAGGGUUAUACUUCGGCUUAUUAUCUGGGUUUACCUGUAACGCCUGAUGAUAUGGCCCUUUUGAAGGAGCAGUUGUUUGCUGAACUCGCCAUCUUGCCUGAAAACACUAGAAUCAACAAGGUUGGUGAAAAAUGUUUCCAAAUUUGGGUUGCCUCUGAGAAUAUGAAGAACAAGAUAACAGAAAGUUAUCCUGAUGGACAGAUCACAUUAUCGGAUGAUAUCACCAAAGUGGAGUUCAUAUUCGGGGACCACUCGCGUGAAAUGCGUUUAGUGGCAUCCUAUCUAAAAGAGGCUCAAAAGUUUACGGCUAAUGAUACUCAAAAAGCAAUGCUUCAGGAAUACAUCAACCACUUUGUCACUGGUUCUUCUCAAGCACAUAAAGAAGCACAAAAGCUUUGGGUCAAAGAUAUAUCACCCGUCAUUGAAACAAAUAUUGGCUUUAUCGAAACAUAUAGAGAGCCUUCUGGUAUAAUUGGAGAAUUUGAAUCAUUGGUUGCAAUUCAAAACAGAGAACGUACUGCUAAAUUUUCUAGCUUGGUUAACAACGCUGAAGAAUUCAUUUCUUUAUUACCGUGGUCUAAAGAUUACGAAAAACCAAUUUUCAACCCACCAGAUUUUACUUCUCUUGAAGUUUUAACGUUUACUGGGUCAGGUAUACCAGCAGGUAUCAAUAUUCCGAACUAUGAUGACGUUCGACUUAAAAUUGGGUUCAAAAAUGUUUCUUUGGGCAAUAUUUUGAGUGCGGCUGCGAAAAGCUCAUCCAAGCAUCCGCCAAGUUUCAUAUCACAGGAGGAUCGUUCAAUUUUUGAAAAAUAUCAAAGUGAUUCAUUUGAAGUUCAAGUAGGCAUCCAUGAAUUACUAGGCCAUGGUUCAGGAAAGUUGUUGACAGAGUUUACCGAUGGAUUCAAUUUUGAUAAGGAUCACCCACCUUUAGGUUUGGAUGGAAAACCGGUGAGUACAUACUAUAAAGUAGGUGAAACUUGGGGCUCCAAAUUUGGACAGUUGGCUGGUCCAUUUGAAGAAUGUCGUGCAGAAGUAAUUGCUAUGUUUUUGCUUACCAAUAGAAAAAUUCUUGAUAUUUUUGGCUUCCAUGAUGUGGAAUCUCAAGAUAGUGUAGUGUAUGCUGGAUUUCUACAAAUGGCCCGUGCAGGUCUACUAGCCUUAGAAUAUUGGAAUCCAAAAACUGGCAAAUGGGGACAGCCACACAUGCAGGCAAGAUUUUCUAUCAUGAAAACAUUUAUGAAGCACUCUACAAAUAAGAAUUUCUUAAAGAUAGAGAUGAACGGCUCGAAGGAUGAUUUUGCCAUCAAGUUAGAUAAAUCUCUCAUUAAAACAGUCGGGCAUGAAUGUGUGAAAGAUUACUUAAAACAUUUGCACGUUUACAAAUGUUCAGGCGAUGUGGAACAGGGAAGCAAAUACUUUAUUGAUAGAUCAACGGUGACACCAGAUUUGGCUUCUUUAAGAGAUAUCGUCAUAUCCAAAAGAUUGCCGAGAAGGCAAUUUAUACAAGCAAACUCUUAUAUCGAUGAUGAUAACAAGGUAACCUUGAAAGAAUAUGACGAAACUCCAGAAGGCAUGCUCCAAUCUUUUCUUGACAGAGAAUUAUAA